AUGCCGAAACAAAGAGGAUUUCGCCCCCAAGGGUUAAUUGCCCCGAUACAAAGAAUAAAAUACACUGGGCCAACUAUAUUAGACAAAAUAAACAGAGAGAGUAGACCAACAUGGGACGAUUUAAAGGAUCGAAUUAAAAAUCAAGAGGGAAAUAAAAUGCUAGAAGAAUAUGAAAACGCAAAAUAUCUAGAGGAAUUAAAUAGAAACAGACAAGAGAAAAUAAAGGAACAGGAGAAAAGAUAUAUAAAAAAGUUAAAGAAGGAAUACAAAAACAAAUAUAAGAAAAAAAAUGAUGAUAAAGGAGGGAGUAGUAAUACUAGUCGUAGCAGUAGCAGUAGCAGUAACAGCAUUAAUAGCAGUAGUGUGAGUGACAGUUCCUCAGGCGAUAAUUCAAAAAAGAGAAAAAAAAAAAAAAAUAAAAAAGAGAAAAAAAAUAAAAAAAAAUACACAAGUUCAUCACAUUCAAAUAGUGAUGAUACCCAUUCAAGUAACACACUGUCGAAACAUUUAAAAAAAAAAAAAAAAAGUAAGAAGCGUUCUUUGUCUAACUCUAGCUCUAGUGAAUCACAUGAUAGGAAACAUAAAAAGCAUAAAAAAAAGGACGAUGUAAACCCUUAUAAGUUAUCAAGUUUCUUUAAAAUGAAAUGA